AUGCCUGCGGACAGGAGCAUCCCGCACAGCCAUCGCCACGAUGAGCUUGCUGAAUCCACGCCAGACUCGCGCAACGCCCACGACAAGAUCUCAGUCAAGCAGUCGGCCAGGCGCAGAGCAUACGCCAAACGCAGCUGUCUCAAGUGUCGCGAGAAGAAGGCCAGAUGCGAGCUGCCAGAAGAGAGUCUCACAACGCCGUCAUCCAUGACACCGCUUACCACUGAGCUCGCUUGUCAUCGAUGCAAGGUCCUCUCGCUCGACUGCGUCGUCUGGGACGGCGAUCGCAAACGUCGGCCCAAGGUCUCCUCCGAUCAGUCCAGGCCAAAGUCACCCUCGGACUCUCGUCUCCAAUCCGAGCCGAGCUCGUCUCGUCUACCCUCAUCUCCACCUCGUAGUCCAGGCUCGCUCGAACAGCUCGCUGCUGCUGCUGCUCGUCUCUCGGAUCAUCGCUCCACCUACGACAAUGCCGAAGAGACUUCGCCUCACGCUGCCGCCUCCUCCAACGACGCAAGCAGCUCCAAAGAAGCCGCUUCCACCCUCGCGUCUGUGCAGUUCUUCAAUCCAGUCGCGAACGAGGCUCCAUCCCCUGCUUCGACCGCAUCUCCGGCGUCGAUACGAGGACCAGGUCGCUCCCAUUUGUAUGCUUCCUCGCCCAACAACCAUGCCGCCCGCUCGCCUGGCCACGUCAAACCCCUCACACCUGCUUCUGCAGCCUCUCCCAGUACCGCCACUUCUUCGACCUUUGACUCCAAGAAGACGCAACCACCUGGCCGUACCUGGACCUCGCUGUGGAGGCCCCUCUCUGUUCUCAUAGAUUAUGCAGCCCAGCAGCCCAGCUUCACCACGUAUCUGCUUGGUCGCAUCGAUCGUACCCUCUCCGAGCUCGACAUUCUGGACCUCAUACCCAGACAGACGUUAACCUACCUCAGACCCUUCCUCCGCCCUUAUUUGCUCUGGCAUCCGCAUCUACCGGACCUCGACCAGAUCUACGCAGAGCAUCGCAAGCGGCCCACCGUCUCGACCGCGCUCCUUCUCAGCUCCAUGUGCCUCGUGGCGUGCCGUCAUGCUAUGCCACUCACCGACUCUCUUCCCACAAAGCUCUCCACGCUGGUCGAUCAGCUCGGCACGCAGAUCCUGCUCUCUACGCCCAGGGACAUGUACACGGUUCAGGCACUCGAGCUUCUGCUGGCGCACGAGCCCUCUUUGGUUGGUACAAGCGUCGCCGGCUCUGCGCAGGCCGAGAGAGGCAACGGUCUGCUCGGCGAGUCGCUGCUCGCUGCCGCCCUCACCAUCGCAAGGGGUCUCGAUCUGGACAAGGCUAUUGACAGCGUCAUCGACGUUUGCAAUCGUCCGAUCCCCACCGAUAUUAAGGGAGCGCAACAGCGUCGCGACUUGCUCCACAAACACAUGGCCGGUGCCUCUAUCUGGAUCUCUCUCAGGCUGUGGGAAGGUCAUUUCUCUUUCGUCAACUCCACCGUGCGACCCAUCGAGCUCAACGAUGUUGUAGGCAAGGCAGCAGUCCUGGUCGCUAUCGACAAUGAUGGUCGCAAGAUCGAGCAAAAGCACCGCGAUCCCUUCUUGUCCACCGAGAAGCGCUUUCCGGGCCUCGACGAAGACAGCGUCCUCCGUUCCGCUGGUCGCACGGGUCUCGCUUUCCGCCUGCAGGCCAUGGCGCGCUUUCAAGACACCAUCGCAGACAUGUAUCGCAUCCUCGCCGCAGCACCAAAGUCUCAGCCAGACAGUCCGACUGCCCUCAUCCCGACCUCUGCCGAGACACGUCAACGGAUCCUCGAUCUGCUCACAGCCUCAUCGCAGAAGCAAAUGUUUUGGCAGUCGUCCAAAGCCCAAGCUUUCAGUCCGUUUGCAAGCGUCCGUCCCGCCCUCUUGCUCGAGGACUGGGCUACCAUAGAGUCGUACUCGCUCCAGGAACUCUUGCCAUGCUUGGGUAUCUGCGCUUUCAUGACCGGUGAACUCAAUCUGGGCUUCUCUGCCAACGAGAUGGUCGAAGCUCUCCGAUGCGACGACAGCUUCCGAGACCACUCGAGCAUUAUCUCCGAGCGAAGAGACGUUGACACGUACGGCGUGCUCAGCGCUUUCCAUCUGUUUGAUCGAGGUCUCGGCUAUUCGCAACCCGACAUUGUCACGAGAACCGGCAGUCGUUCCAGAAAGCAGCGUGGCUCUCUUUGGAUCGAGGCAACAGGCGCGCCGCUGCUGCUCACCACCGCCUUCGCCACCGACGGCUGCAAGACUUUUCUGGAAAAGACCGCGUGCUCGCUGCAUGGCUUUGACUUUCUGCCCGUCACCGCCGACAUGCAUCUUGUCAUGAUGAUCAAUACCAUGCACCGGCUCGACGAGUGUGACCACAACGAAUACCUGCCGCCCAUCCGACCCAAGAGGAGCAGCAUGCCGCCUCCUUCCCGCCGCUUACCCAGCCUGCCCCUCGAUCCCCCAGACGACAAGCAAGAUGCCGCACCAGGAAGGAGCAUAUCGCAGAUUGGCGUGCUCUUCAUCGAGGAGAUGGUGCAGGUGAUGCAAAAGUGGAAAUUGGGCACAUCUUUGCAACGCAUCGUUCCUUUGCACUAUCGCUCCAUUUUGGGCACGACGCCAGCAGCAGCGACAUCUCAAGACUCACAUCAGCAGCACGCUGCUGUCAGCUCGUCAGGUGCGGCCAAGGAUCUGCAUCAGAAUGGCGACCGCUCUCGCCAGUUUCAAGCAACCAAGCGUCAGGAUGCGGCCCCGAUCCAGUCGUCGAUGGACGCAAUGCACAGCAGCACCGUCUUUGGCCAAAGCAACACUAGCGAAGGGAGUCUCAGUCAGGCUCAGUCUUUCUCCCAAGGCUUUCAGACCACCUUCAUGCCGGGCUCAACGCAGCAAUCAAAUGCGAGUGCUACUACAGGCAUAUUCGACCUGCCGCUAUUUGACCUUUUCGGUCCGGCAUCGACCACAGAUUGGACCAACAACGUACCAUGGUUCGACCCGGUCGACAACGGGGCCUCCGCUCUUGCCACUGCGAACAUGUCGUUGCCGAGUAUCAGCAACGGCCACGCAACGUCACAAUGGGGUCAUCACACGCAGCCACCGCCUCUGCCGACGUCGCAAGAUGCUUGGCCAAGCUUGCAAAGAAAGCGUAGUGGUGAUGUCUUGCCUCCUCUUCAAUACGCCUCAGCUCACCCGAUGAUGCCAUCGCAACUACCGCCGUCGCUGCCCCCGCUGCCAUCCCCGAGUCAGUCACAUGCCUACCACAGCGGAUAUCCCAACUACCCGACGGCCGGUCCGCAACCGAACGGUUCCUACGGCAAUCCCUACGGCGAGCAAGGUCUCGGUCAAAGUCCGCCUCGAGCAAUGUCUGGCAACGGCGCCCAACAUCAUCAUCAGCAACAGCAGCAGAGCCAAUCAUACCCGCAUCAGCUUCACCGUCCUUACUAUGGCGGGGGUGGAAACCAGCACGGAGGUCGGUAA